AUGGACCUCAGCAUGCCCCACUACCCUCAGGUUCCCAUAAAGCAAGUACUGGAACAGGGCAAGCUGGGGUGGCAGCAAGGUGCCCCCUUCCCUGGGCAUGCCCUGACCACCCACUUCCUGUUCCACCAGCUCCUCCCCAGCCUUCUGCUUCUGCUCUGGCUGUCCGCCAGCCUGGCUGUCCAUAGCCCCCCACUCUGGGGAGGCCACACCCAUGGGACCCCACGCUGCUACUCAGCUGAGGAGCUGCCCCUGGGCCGGGCCCCUGCACACCUGCUGGCCCGAGCUGCCAAGUGGGAGCAGACUUUGCCGGUAGCCCUGGUGUCCAGCCUGGAGGCAGUGGGCCGCAGGAAGCGGCACAAGGGGCCCCCAGCUGGAACCCAGUGCCCGGUGCUGCAGCCUGAGGAGGCAUUGGAAGCCGACAUCCACCAGCGCUCCAUCUCUCCCUGGAGAUACCGUGUGGACAUGGAUGAGAACCGCUACCCGCAGAAGCUGGCCUUUGCCGAGUGCCUGUGCAGGGGCUGCAUCAGCACCAGGACCGGCCGUGAGACAGCAGCGCUCAACUCUGUCCCGCUGCACCAGAGCCUGCUGGUGCUGCGCAGACAGCCCUGCUCCCAGGAUGCAACAGGGGUGCCCACGCCUGGGGCCUUUGAAUUCCACGUCGAGUCCAUCCAAGUGCCCAUUGGCUGCACCUGCGUCCUACCCAGGGUGGUACUGUGACCACUCGCCUCAGCUGUCCCCACAGCUGUGCUGUGGGCAGGGAUGGCCUCCCAGACUGGACAGUGGGGCUCUCUCUGCAGAGAGGGCCCCUCCUAUUUAUUUUGUGUAUUUAUUGGUUAUUUAUAUGCCCUGGGUGACCCCGCUCCCCCUACCCAGGGCCCCCGGGCAGGCACCAGGGCUCCAGGCCUCUAGUCUGAAGAAGGACAGUGGAGACUGGGCGCUCCGAGGGAGGGCUGGUGACCCUGCCCUGGUCAGCCCCUCUCGAUGCUCAGUCGCCCUUUCACACAAACAGUGGGCUAGAAGGAACCUCAUUAUUCUCUAGAACUUUUUAAAAUAAAAACAGGAAAGGGGUUCAGAUGGCCCCACGGGGUGGUCCCACUGGGAUCCCCCACGCUCCCUCUUCCCACCU